AUGAUUGGAAGUUUAAUGUUUUACGCCUUGUACCCCUUAUCACGAUUCAUCAACAGUUUUUCAGGGUUUGUGUGGAGUUCUCCCUCCUCUGUGUUCAUUAAUGGAAAAGAGGAAUGGGAUGGUGUCGGAGCCCCUUCCAGGAGGUGGAUUGCAGGGAAGGAAGACUGGAGUAAUAAGGACAUAAUACUGAAGGAGGGAACCGUCCAUGGGAGAAGAGAGUGGCGGAGUUACUCAGUGACAGACUCUGAGUUAGAAUCUGUGGAAGGGAACACAGACGUUACUCAAGAGAAAGAAAAGGGAGCAAGUGAGUGGAGGGACACUCCAAAGGAAGAGGAAAAAGAAGAAAUGUCACCUCAGAAGAAGAAACCCAGCUGGGCGAGGGAAAAGGAAGCUGAGGGAGUCCUGGCGAAAGAAAAUGCCACCACAGUGAAAAUGACGGAAGGGCCAUCGGACAACAGACGGAAUAUUGGCUUCCCAGAGGAAAGGAGGAUUACCUCCCUGCAGGAAAGGGAAAAACAGAGGGAACAUGAUGAAAUGGUCACCAAGAUAACCAUGUCACAGCCAAAUGAGAGAACUGUAUCUGUGAAAGAGCUAGAAAAACAGACCAGCUCUGACCACUGUGACACACACCUAAAUCUUGACAACUGCACUGUUUCAGAAGCGUCUUAUGCUGCUGGAAUUUACCAAGACCCACAGACAGGUGCAGGUGAUAGUGAAGAUCAACCCCAAAUAAACUCCCCUUUGUUUGACCUAAGUGCUUUACUGGCAGACAGGCACACAGAGACAUGGGAUAGUUAUGUUCAAUACCAGCCUGUGCAUACUCCUGGUUGGCAUUUUCCAGUGGGACCUGGACUGACUGAAAUGGUUCACUGUCCACCCUGGGAGUUUCUGAAUAUGAGUUACUAUCCACCACUACAGGAGAGUGAGCCUUUCGAAGUAAUGUGGAGAGUGUGGGAAGACCUCACAGAGACCCGUUCAGACCUCACCUCUCCCAAGGACGUGUCACAUCCCAAGCCCCACUUUGAGUUUAGUGUCAUGUCCUACAAUAUCCUAGCUCAGGACCUUCUGGAAGCAAACCAAGAGCUGUACACUCAUUGCACAGAGGAAGUUCUAGUCUGGGACAACCGUCUGAAUGUCAUCCUCCAGGAGUUUCAGACUUGGAAGCCUGAUAUCAUCUGUCUGCAGGAAGUUCAGGAGAAUCACUUUAUCCAGCAGCUCCAGCCAGCCUUGCAUGACCUUGGCUACGCCUGUAUCUACAAGCGACGUACGGGUGACAAAACGGAUGGCUGCGCAGUGUGUUUCCGUAGAGAUCGUUUUUCGCAGCUGUCUGUCAGACUGUUGGAGUUCCGACGCCAUCAGUGUGAGCUCCUGGACCGGGACAACGUAGGCAUCGUUCUUCUCCUCCAGCCAGUCAGCACCACGGAGGAGGAGACAGAGUUCAGUCCCAUCUGUGUGGCCAAUACACACCUUUUGUUCAAUCCCAGGAGAGGCGAUGUGAAGCUGGCCCAGCUGGCCAUUGUGAUGGCAGAGAUAGACAGUGUGGUGAAAGAGUGUAAAAUUAAAGGGAGAUCUCCUGAGGUCAUUCUGUGUGGAGACUUAAAUUCAUUGCCCAAUACACCUCUGUACCAGUUUAUCACCAGCGGACAACUCUGCUACCACGGAUUGCCAGCCUGGAUGAUAUCGGGGCAAGAGGAUUUGUCCUAUAAAACCCACUACAGGAGACUUUACGCUCCACUGUGGCCUGACACUCUGGGCAUUAAUGACAACUGUCAGUACACUUCAGAUCACAAAGCUGAAACCACCAAACCAUCAGGGAAACUCCAGUACAACCAUGACUUCCUGCUGCAGCUGAGAUAUUGCCCUGCGGCCUGUGUCAGACCCGCUGACUUAGAAUUCAUAACAGGAGUGACAGACAACACACCAGACCUAAAGGACAAAGAAUGGUGUAACAAAAGAUUCAGAUACACCAUCUGUCAUGGUCUGAAGCUGAAGUCAGUCUACAGUCAUGUCAUGUCUGGCACAGGGCAGUAUGAGGUCACCACCCUGCACUCGGAGGGAGGAGCCACAGUCGACUACAUCUUUUACUCUCUCAAGAAAGGUGAGAACAAAGGUGGGCUGAGGUUGCUUGGCCGUCUGGGACUCCUGUCUGAGGCAGAUCUGUGGUCAGUGAAAGGACUUCCAAAUGAAAUAUUCCCUUCUGACCACCUCAGUCUGCUGGCCAAAUUUCAACUGGAUGCCAGUCGGUGA